AUGCAGGCCUUGCUGCCCGCUCCGCUGUUACGUUCUCUACGGCGCUUUAGCGACUGCCACGAGGAUGUAAAUGCAGCAGAUGUUUCCCAGUCCUCUCCCCUGCUUCACGGUGUGCUUUUAGGGACCCAGAAGCUUGUACAGACCAGUAGAAAUGACGUACACCAGAUCGCCAUUUGGGCACUACUGCGUCAACCUUCGGACGACUGCGCUGGCCAAUCGUUUGACCGUAAUUUGCCCGGAGGUAUCUCCCGCAUUGGCAGCUUUGUAGUCGUGCGUGGAGACGCCAUUGCGGAUGAUGAAAAGACUGAAGCUGUGGCGCUUCGUGAAUCAGACAAGCAGCCGGAAGCCGCAGAGAAGGUUGUGUUGGUAUACGGGUUUAACUCGCAGACGUUGAGGGUGUUUCGGUGUAAAGAUGGGCGCGCCACGGCAUUUGAGGUCAAAGUGGUGCCGUGUUUUCAUGCUCAAGAGUUUCAUCGCGCGAUUGGCUACGCGCUACUACGUUGUGUAGUGGAUUUAGAUGCGAUUUGGGAGAAAAGCGCGUUGUCGCAGCAGCUAGAGAAGUACAAGGCUGCGGCGAAGGAUAGUGGCAACUUUUACGUGCGUGCAGCUGUCAUGGAGGGUGAGAACGGUCGGAUCUUCCGUGUGCUUAAUAGUGCGGGAGAAGACUCUCUGUCUUCGGACGCUAAGCUUGUGUCAUUAGAGGCUAUCUUGCCGACACACGAUGUUGUUGAAGACACACGUGAUACAAAGAAAACGAAGAAGAAGAAUGGCAAGAAGCAGAAGAAAGUUGACACGAAAGCAGGAUUACAGCGACACGGAAAAAAAGACGAUACGAUGGGAAUGUUACCAUCGCUGGAGUACGGUGCUAUAACAACUGUUGAUUUGAUGGUCAGUCUUGCGCCACUAGAGUCUUCUGCUGCUGCUGUCGCGCCUGUGGUUACAAUUCCGGCACUGUCUGUUUCCAGGGCGCCAAGCCGUCGCUUUGGUGCAUACUGUGAUGCUUUGGUCGUGGUGUCUGUGGACCUGCCACUCAGUGCUGCGCUAGACUUGCUUCGAGAUCAGGUGUACCUCCGGCUCUCAGAGGUUGCGGAUCGGCUGAAGGAUGCACAGGAGGCUGUGAAUUAUGUGGCAGUGCAUCAGUUCCCACUUGUUGGGGCAGCUUUUCCAUUAACCGUCGCUUCGAGCUCGGAGGAGCCGAGUGUUAGCGAGAAGGACAUGGACGAUGUGAAAGCGCUGGAGAGUUUGCACUGCGCGUUCCUGCAGCCUCUGGACCAGCCCCUAUUCUGCUUGUCUCGUGGCUGCUCGCUAGCUCAGCAAGCAGAAUGGCUUGCAACAAGUGACGUGUUGUACAAUGUACACGAAGGUGUCGCUAGCUUCGGAGGAGGUUUGCAUUGUCAAAUAGCGCUGGUCGAUGGUUUUUAUGGCUACUAUCAUUAUUUGCAGCAGGACUUGAACGACAAAGGUUGGGGCUGUGCGUACCGUUCGCUUCAGACGUUGGCAUCUUGGCUAUUUAUGCAGCACUAUACACAGCAGCGCUACCUCUCGCACCAGCAAAUCCAGAGCGUGCUUGUCAAGAUGGGCGACAAACCCACACGCUUUGAAGGGUCGACCGAAUGGAUUGGUAGUCUGGAGGUCGGAUAUGUGCUGGACGAGCUGUUUGGCGUCACCUUCCGGUCUUUGAGUGUUUCCAGUGGUGCCCAGCUGCCUGGUCUAGCGCGUGAGCUGCUUUGCCACUUUGAGACGCAGGGAACACCUGUGAUGAUGGGCGGUGGCCAGUUGGCAUUUACCCUAUUAGGCGUGGAUUACGAUCCCGAUACGGGUGUUUGCGCCUUCCUCACACUAGACCCGCACUACACGGGCAACGAAGAUCUACACACCAUUCAAAACCAAGUUCUGGUACUGGAAGGUUACAAGGCCGUCCCAUGCAGUUGGCGCAAGACAACAAGUUUUGCCAAGAACAGCUUCUACAAUCUCUGCUUGCCCCAGCGCCCGAGUGUCGACAUCUAA